GCCACGCCUCUUACCGCGCAUCGAGCCGCCGACGAUGCGCGUUGUUUCACCUUGUUUCUUACAUCAUGGUUCUCGCGAUCGUUGUUCGCGAGAUCAUGGUUCUCGCGAUCGUUGUUCGCAAGAUCAUGGUUCUGACGAUCGUCAGUCGCGAGACCAUAGUUCUUGCGAUCGUCGUUCGCGAGAUCGUGGUUCCCGUGACCGUCGUUCGCGAGAUCAUGGUUCUCGCAACCGCCGUUCGCGAGACCAUAGUUCUCGCGAUCGUUGUUCGCGAGAUCAUAGUUCUUGCAACCGUCGUUCGCGAGAUCAUGGUUCCCGCAACCGUCGUUCGCGAGAUUAUGGUUCUCGCGUCCGUCGUCCGCGAGAUCAUAGUUCUCGUGAGCAUCGAUUGCGAGAUCAGAGUUCUCACUACCAUCGUUCACGAGAUCAGAGUUCUCACCAGCAUCGAUCACGAAAUUAUAGUUAUCAUGACAGUCAGUCACGAGGUCACGGUUCUUACGAUCGUCGGUCACGAGAUUAUAGUUCUUAUAGUCAAGAUUGGAACAAAAAAAAAUAUGUAUCUCGAAAAUUGCAAAAACGCUUUUCGCAUAGUAAUCAAUCGGGUGGUCGAAACAAUUACUAUGAUGCUGCUGAACGAUCGAAAUACAACAAAAUAUUACACACGUGGGACACGCGCCGGGAAAUGGGUCCAAAUGAGGAAAGAACGAGUAUUAAAACACUUGGUUAAUGUUCUAAGUAAAUAGAAGAUAUGGAGUUGAUUAGAAGUUGCUAAUAAAAAAUGGGUCUCACAAAAUAAAAAAGUCGAAGAGGCAACCAGGCAUAUUCAAGUCACAAUGAGCGAAUGUCCAGAUUUAUUUUUUUUUGUUUUACGUUUGAAGUUUAUUUUUUGUUUUACGUUUUAAGUUUUGAGAAAAAAGUUUAGACUGAAAUAUAAUUUCACUAAUUUCUGUAAAGAUAAAUACAAUUAUAAUAAUAUAAUUUGUUUGAAAAGAUAAAUACAAUUAUAAGAACUACCUAUAAAUAAAUAAAAAUUUUUAUAUAUAAAA